AUGGAUGUCUUCCACGCAUACACAUACUCCACAGCCGGAUGGCUUUCCUUGCAGAGCUUGGCCUUGAUCACAGGUCCGAGCAUGAUAGUGUCCAUGCUACUGGAUGAGACUCGACCUGCUUCCUCUAUCGAGGUCUACCUUGCUCGGUGUCUGGGCUUCAGCCUUCUGACACUCGCUGUCUUGACCGCACUGCUCACGGGCUCGAUUCCUCUGACGAACACAACCUCAGAGGCCGUGACAACCGAGGACUCGGAUACAAAGGCGCCUUAUGCUCUGCCGACUCUGAUGUUGACUUCAGCGUUCCACGCUACAACUGGCCUUUAUGCAUACACCUGGUGGGUCUCCAGAGGCCAAGGGACAUUCCUCGUGGCGGUGACUAUGCACGCAUUCCUUGCCGCCAUUGGCCUGUGGUGUGUGCUUUUUGCGAGCAGUGAUGGCAAGAUCAGCCGUCGGACUGGCGCCGAUAAGAGGACUGCUGGGUUCCCAUUUGCCAAUUCGGAGGCUGCUAAGAAACACGCGGGCAAGAAGGGUCUCUAG